UUUGGCGCCUCCACAAAUCUCAAAACCCUUCGUCUCUAAUCUUUUUCGGUUUUUACUUCUUCUCCAAAACCUAGCUCUCUCCCACUUCACCACCUGCAAAUCCAUGGCUUCGCCUUCCGGAGCCGAAUCUCGACAAUCCGCCACAUCCUUGCGGUCCCGAUGCUACAUUACUUCUCACUCGGCCUUCGCUUCGUCCAGUACGGCUUUCACGUCUCGACCGUCCUCUACGAAGCCUGUAACAAUGUCUAGAAAAUCUUCGUUGAGAUUUCAGACUGAUCAGAGAUCGGCAUCUCCCAGUCGUCGUUCGGUUUCGGUUCAGAAGAAUCGCGACAGUAAUGCGAAUGCGGUUCCGUCGAACAAGAAGAAAGUCAUGUGCAUGUGUUCUCCGACGAAACAUCCUGGCUCCUUCAGGUGUUCUCUUCACAAGAAUUCGACGCACUCUAUAGAUAUCUCGAAUGGUAGCCAAUUCCGGAACGUAUCGUUGAAUAUUCGGAGAUCAGCAAUGACGAAUUCGUUAGUGAGAAUUGAAUGCGUAGAAGGUGCUGACCUCGUGAAAAGAGCUUUAUCUGCUCUAAUUAGGCCUUCUUCUCAUCAACAGCGACGGCAAUCAGCUUUUCAGCGUAGACCUAGCCAUCUAUCAGUAAUGUCAAAAGCAGAGGAAGAGGAGGACUAGCGGCACGUUCUCCGACCCUAAUCAUUCAUUAUGAACUGAUUUAAUUUAUUGUUUUGUUUUUGUCCAUAGAAACCAUCACUCCCAUUACGAAAAUUCUGUUUUCAUGAUGUGAUAUAUAUUCACAAACUUAGUGUAGAGUUGGAGAUGGAUCUCGAUUAAGCUAUGAAGAUGAAGCUGUUAGUGGUAUCAAAUUUGUUUAUGAUUCUUACGUUAUUCAAGAUUUCGUUUCUGAGUUUCUCUUUGGUAGGGCUGAAUAUGAUCAACUCUUGCAAUUCUGUACAUUUUGAUUUGAAGACUAUGUAUGUCAA